AUGAGCAGCAAGGAAGUUGCCAAUGCAUUUCGCUGGUAUAGGGCUCUGAGCAAACACAGAGGUCUAGGUCGAGAGCUUAGCCAUGCAACUCGAUACACCAACUUCAGUCUGCAACAUGCUUGGGGGAAAUUCGAUUGCCAAACGCAACUCCUCACACGUGAGGCCUUCGUUCCCCUCAUGAAGCGAAAUCCCGAGGUUUUCGACAGCGACAUCGCUAAUUUCGAUCCCGUCUACUUCUCCUUGAUGAAGCCUUCUGGCGAUAUCUACCCCGAAGCGAUCGCUGCAGCCAAGGCAGCCGCUCAGUCGGCGCCAGAGAAGGAGGAUGACCCGAAAGAAGAGGCAAAGUGA